AUGCUGAACAACCGUGUUUUACGUAUCGGUCUAAGAAUCAUGUCAGCUGAAGUCUCUGAAUCAGCUCCAGCUCCUGAGGUUUCCCAAAAGAAGGUUCCAGCCAAAAAAACUGCGGCCGCAUCGAAGCCGAAAAAAGUUAAACAGCCUGCACCACAUCCAUCGUAUGGGGAUAUGGUCAAAGCCGCUUUGGUUGCUUUGAAAGAAAAAAAAGGUUCCAGCCGUGCAGCCAUUCUAAAAUAUAUUCUACAAAACUACAAAGUUGGCGAGAACUUAACAGCUGUCAAUGCCCAUCUUCGUCAAGCUUUGAAACGAGGCGUUACUAGCAAUAUGCUCAAGCAGGUGAAGGGUGUUGGUGCAUCAGGUUCUUUCCGAUUAGCACAACCCAAAUCUGCUGAAGGUAAAGUGAAAAAGGAACGAAAACCAAAGGCGAAGAAGACCACGACAUCAGAAAAGAAAUCUGUCGCCAAAAGAGCUGCAAAGCCCAAGAGCCCUAAGAAGAAGGCCGAAAGUAAGUCGUCGGCAAAGUCUGCAGCAAAGAAAACAGCAAAAUCGCCUGCAAAGAAGGCGUCAGCAGCGAAACCGAAGAAGGCGGCUAAGGCUAAGGCUGAGAAGAAGACUGUAAAAGUGAAGACGGCGAAGAAGGCUACUGCAGCGAAAACUAAGAAGGCUUAA